AUGGAGGGCUUUUCGCACCUGCGCUUGACGACCGACAUGAGCCAAGCUGUAGCAUUCUCCAAGAUUCUCAUUCUCACUGUCCCCUCGACUGGGCAGCAGACAAUCUUGGAGGAACUGAAACAACGCCAUAUAAUCAUCGCCAUUCCCGGAAAUUUGGUGUCUUUGUUGAUGGAUGCUGAGAUCGAGGUGGCCAACAUACUAGAGACCAACCUGUCGCCGUACUCAUGCAGGAUGGAUGACAACAACCUUCUCGUCUUCGGGAGAAAGAAAGUUGUUUUCAUUACAGCCUUGCGAGCCGAUAUGCGGCCCGGGUUCUACGAAGACAUCCAAAGCAUCUUCCCAAUGAAGCUGAAGUGGUGCAGUAGCGUCAUUGAAGUCAGCCUCUCCAAUGUCAACGGGGUCUUCCACCCGGCGAUGAUGCUGAUGAACGCCGGACGCAUUGAAAGUACUGCUGGAGACUUCAUGUUGUAUCGAGACGGUCUUACGCGAUCCGUGGCCAACACAAUGCAAGCGAUUGACCAAGUACGAAUGGAGAUAGGCAGGAAGUUCGGACUUCGCCUCGGAACUGCCGUCGACAUAUCCAACGAAUGCUACGACCAAAGCUUCACCGAUCUGGUUGACCUGGCGCAAAGUUCACCACCACAUAAUAGGCUGAAGGCCCCAAGCGACAUCGAUAAUAGAAAUAUCACCGAAGACGUCCCAGAUCUACUUGUGUCCUGGCAUGGCUUGGCUGAAAAGCUGGGCAUAGAUGCAUCACCUAUUGCAGCCAUCAUUGUUCUCGCCGAGAUGGCUAUGGGUGCGGAGUAUCGGAAAACGGGAAGGAAUCUGCGGAAGCUGCAUUUGGAUGGAGUCGGGCGGAGCGAGCUUGUUGCCAUGUUCAGCCCUUUUGAAGCAACACAAAACGAAGCGAGAUUGUGA